GUUUUCGUGCGAGAAUUCAGCGACAGGAAUCCGGCGAAUUCACACGUAAUCCUGAUUGGCUGGGAAAACGAUGGGUUUAAUAUGAUGUCUCAAGACGAGGUCAACACGAACGCGAGAGCCAUAAAAAGAAGCGUACGCGAAACUAGUAAAGUCG